AUGAUUCAGCUUAAUUACAAGGCCUGUCUCAACUAUCAGAAGAGCUGUCCCCCUGAAUUUUCCAAUGGGGAGAACAAGGCAAAACUCCUGGUCCUUGCUGUCAUGGAAGUUAAACAGCUCUUCAAAAAUGACCUUGAGGGACUGAAACAUUUUCUGGUUGUCUUUGACGUCCUUGGAGAUGCCACACAUGCCAUUUUCUGGGCUGAAACAGCUAUGAGCCAAGUGUUCUCCCAUGCUGCACCAUCUGCCUGGGGUGUUAUCACCACCGGACAAUUGAUUAUAACACAACCAGGACAUGGGACGGAAAAAACAAAGCCUUCGCAGAGCGAGUACACAAAGCACUAUGGUCCAGAGCUGGAAGGCCACUCUGCACAAGUUGGCAAUGGGAGGAAGGUUGCUCAGCAGCCAACCACCCGGCCAAACACAUCUGUUCAGUCAUGA